UUGUCAAUACGUAGGGUCGACUUUCACAAGCGACCGCCUCUACUGUCAUAAACGAGCUGCAUUAUAUACAUAAUUAGUAAUUCAAGUGAACAUAAGACUCUCAACUCAACAAAGGGAGUAAUUUACUCAAAUGAGCUUCGUACCAUCAGCGAAACCGAAAUUAAAGAAGAGCUUAAGCCACAAAAUGUGAUCGAUGUACACAAAAUUUACCAAAAAGUCAACAACUCUCUUAAGGAAUCCGGACUCAUUACUUUGACCUUUGCUUCCCUUACUCUCCCCGAAAAAAUAAUGAUUGGCUACGAGCAAGUCACCGUACGACCAUAUGUGCCACGCCCACUAAGAUGCCAACAAUGUCUACGAUUUGGACAUCCAACCAGCGCCUGCAAACAGACUUUCAAAACAUGCCGCAACUGCUGUCAAGAGGAACACACUAAGGAGGACGAGACCUGCAACAGAACCAAAUUCUGCAUCAACUGCAAAAACGAAAUUGAAAACAACCACUCACCCAUGGAUAAAAACUGUCCUAUAUUUUUGAAACAAAAAGAGUUGACAGCAAUUAAAACAAUUCAUAAAGUAGACCACAAAUCAGCUCUACAAAUAUAUAACGCACGUCACCCACUUUCAACCACAACCUACUCCAAAAUAGUAGCCAAUUCUCCGAAACAGACAUCUCCAGCGCAGCCGAACACCUCAUCUAGCACAUCGAAACCCGCACACAAUACCAUUAAUAACCUCAGCACCACGCCUACAAUCAAUACCACUCACCAACCAAAUCUAAAAAGAAUCAUCACAUCUUACGCCGAUAUCGAUAUGGACACCACACCACUGAUGCAAGACCAGCCUAAUCACCAACACCCUCAAGACGACCCCAAGCUCCGAAUUUUUCACGCUAAGCAGAAUACUCUUACCAAGCCCCUAAAAUCUAAAGAAAAACUUGACCCGAAACUUUUAAAUUCAAAAACUUAACAACACCAGUGCUACCACAACACUAUCAUUUAA